AUGCUGCGUGCCGAACUCAAUCGAUAGGAAGCCACAACCAAUUAAAACAUUGUCUUUUUUUCAUAACCAGAGGGUGCCAGCCGCCCUGGUGACUUCCGCCAACCCCAAGAUGUCUGCCGUAAGUCCUACUCACCUUACAGCGCGCAUGUGACGCCAUCAAAGCGCGUCACGAAUGGCAGCUUGGAGACUCCUAACAGCAACGAGUGUGGAGUGAAUAGUGCAGGCGGUGCGGUUAGCGGGGUGUCGGUGGUUCGGAUGAUAAAAUAUUUAUUGUCACAGAUACGAAGGGAAACGUCUGUUUACACCUAGUGCUGGUUGUUGCUGCUAUACAAGAAAGUCUUCUCCCCUGCAGGUGUUGCUUAUGUACCAUCACCCUAAUCCUUGGAGAUGAGCACACAAUAUAGCAUCCUCUUCAAGCAAGAGCAAGCCCAUGAAGAUGCCAUAUGGUCAGUAGGCUGGGGCAAGAAUGCAAAUGAUGGCUCGGAGUUGGUGAUCAGUGGUUCUCUGGACGACCUAGUUAAAGUCUGGAAAUGGACGGACGAGCGCCUGGAUUUGCAGUGGUCUCUGGAAGGGCACCAGCUAGGAGUGGUAUCUGUGGAUGUCAGUGCAUCUGGUAAUAUUUUGGCUUCCAGCUCACUAGAUGCUCACAUUCGUCUCUGGGACCUUGAUAGCGGCAAGCAGAUCCGUUCUAUCGAUGCUGGACCAGUGGAUGCGUGGUCUGUAGCCUUUUCGCCUGACUCCCAACACUUGGCAACUGGGAGCCAUGUCGGGAAAGUAAACAUCUUUGGCGUGGAGACUGGGAAGAAGGAAUUCUCCCUGGACACUAGAGGCAAAUUUAUUCUCAGCAUUGCAUACAGUCCAGACGGCAAAUAUUUGGCUAGUGGAGCCAUUGAUGGGAUCAUUAAUAUCUUUGAUAUUGCAACUGGUAAACUCCUCCACACGCUGGAAGGACAUGCCAUGCCUAUUAGGUCCUUGACCUUCUCUCCUGACUCACAGCUGCUAGUCACGGCCUCUGAUGAUGGAUAUAUCAAAAUCUAUGAUGUACAACAUGCCAGCCUAGCUGCCACUCUCAGUGGACACGGGUCCUGGGUACUAAAUGUUGCCUUCUCUCCUGAUGAUUCACAUUUUGUUUCCAGUUCUUCUGACAAAAGUGUCAAAGUUUGGGAUGUUGCCUCCCGGACAUGUGUUCAUACAUUUGUGGAUCACCAAGACCAGGUUUGGGGUGUGCAGUACAACAAAAAUGGAUCCAAAAUAGUGUCUGUUGGAGAUGAUCAAGAAAUUCAUGUCUAUGACUGUCCUAUAUAAUUGCCUUAAAUCUGAGUUGAAACCUGCGGAUGGGAAGAUACUAUUGCUCCACCUUCUUUUACACAAUGACUGCAUGUUGAAUAUGCAAAGUCAACUCUUCAACAAGAUGUUUAAAUUAACAAUCUGGAUGUUCUCUUAUUAUGAGAGAUUUGCUUCAAAGAUGAAGGUGUAGUCACACUCUGAAUGAACUGAUCGACUCCUGUGAAUUCUUCCUUCACUGAAAUUGAGUAUUCCCAUUGUAACUAUAAAAGUUCCAGAAAUUUGAUUUUGUACAACUUUACCCCUGGGUUUAUUAAAUCUUUUAGUUUUCUUG